GUCACAACAAGCUGGUGUACCAUCAGCGCAGGUUCUACACCGCUCCAAGGCUGCAAUGCCCUGACAGAGAGCAGAGGGUUUGUUUUGGGAGCCACAGAUGACAACGGGGAGACGGCGGCGGACAGACCCCUGGAGGGACGGAGAUGGGACACACAUCAGCCACUGGGCUCGCUCCGGAUCGCCGUGAGGAAAGCUUCAUUCGCUUUCGCUUACCUGGAGCCUGCAGCUCGGAGCCUUCAUAUUAAACUUCAGGCUAACGGGAGCUGAUCCGCUCCCAGUUCUGUUCUUUCCAUCCGGACCCGGGGAUGUGAGAGGCUGCAGGGAGGCGCUGAUGGAGCUCCAGGAGUUGGGCUGGCUCUGUAUGGUGGCUCUCUUCCUUGCCUCCGUGCUCAUAGUGCUGGGAUGGCUGCUUCAGUAUUUGCUGACUGUACUGCGGCUCUGGAGAUCCAGGAAAGCAGCCAAGCAAGGUGGCCGAGAGUCAGCCUGGCUGCAGCAGAAGCAGCAGCAGCAGCAUGUCUUCACACACCCCCAGCAGAUGCAGGCUGGAAGUGUAUGGGGCUUCCUGCUGAUGAAGUUGCGCUCCGGCAAGGAUGGAGAGGCUGCGUCUGAGACCGGAGUUAAAGGCCUGCUCGCCUCUCUGUUCUCCUUCAAGUCCUUCAAGGAGCACUGGCAGAGAACCUGGGUGAAGGCUCUGAACGAGCAAGCGUGUAGGCAUGGGAGUUCCCUCCAGAUAACUUUUGACAGCAGUCUCCAGUUAACCGCUGGCUCUGCAAUAGAAAGCGUGACCUGCGCUAACCGGUCGGCGAACAAAAUGGUUCUACACUGUAAAUGCCGAGUAGACACACUGACGUUUCCUGUGACUGUGACCCAGCAGUCACCCGCUGCUGUUUCCAUGGAUACGUAUCAGAUCACUACUGCACCUAUGAUGGCGAAGGUGGAAGUGUCCCUGGAGGAAGUGGAAGACGAGGGCUUGCUGAUAUCUUGGACUCUCUCCAAGCAGCCAUCGUUUUCUCUGACCGUGUCCCCGUGUAAGCUGCAGAGACAGGGCUCUGAGGCAGGGGCAGACUUGGACAUGAUCAAAGGAAUGGUGGAAGACACUCUCUUCAGCGCCCAGCCGGCGAUGAUCCUCAACCUCAAGCCGUCUGUGUCUCCUAGUUUGUCCCCAGUGGACCACCUCUCAGUGGGAGCCAGCUCCACAUCCCAUGGAUUAGCGAGACGGCUCCUUCUCCAGCAGUUCCGAGUGACCUUAAAUAAAGGCCUGUGGUCCAGAUCGGGGGAGCUCUGCUGUGUCCUGAGUUUGGACCAGCCCCCUGCAGAGACGAGAACCCGCUUCUUGCCUGUGCCGAGCAACCCCAAUGCUGCUCUGGAAUGGAGCGAAGACGUUACUCUGGAGCUGGUCCCGGAAACCAAAGAGCUACGGAUCAGGCUUUUGGAGCGGAGCGGCACAAGAGAGCAAUUUCUUCCGGGUCACACCUCCAUCACCCUGAAUGUUCAGUCUAAAAUGCCGACCGGGCAACAUGUCCUGUGUCUAAGCCCUGGACCUGGCUUAGCACCAGAUGCUACCAUCAGCACAGAGCUGCUGUAUGUAGAAACCGAGGAACCUCGCAGUUCCCAGAAUUCUUUGCCUAUUCGCUCCUCGUUGACCCCAACGAAGAAGGUCGACGUAGAUCGAACAGUCAUGCCAGAUGGCACAGUUGUCACCACCGUAACCACCGUCCAGUCGCGAAUGAAGCUUGAUCGCAGCCCAGGUGAUUCCCCGCUGUGUUCACCAUCCAAAGUGGAGCUGAACGAAAAGAAAGUAGCUGUGUUGGCUGAUGAAGGAGGCAGCAGCAGCCCCAACCCGAGCAAGAGCAGCCGCCUGUCUAAUGGCCUGGAUCCCGUUGCAGAGACGGCCAUUCGGCAACUGACAGAGUCGGCGUCCAAAUCGUCACGGAAGACGCCAACAAAAAGGAGCACGCUAAUCAUUUCCGGCGUGUCAAAGGUUCCUCUCACCGAGGACAACUGCGCUCUAUCAACCGGCUACGCGGCCGCCAUGGAUGCGGCUAUGCACAGCAACCACUUCAGGGCGGGCCAUCACCAGGACCCGGAUGAAACCACGCCCUCUGAUGCAUCGGAGCGCCCCUCUGUGGACGACGUGGAGUCUGACACCGGUUCCGCUGGUGGCUUGGAGACCCGGAGCCUGAAGGACCAUAAAGUGGGCUUCCUCCAGAGUGGCUCCAAGCUGCUGUUCCGCAGGAGACACAGAGAGAAGGAGCCCUGCCUCAGCCAGUCCCACGAGGACAUCUCCAACAUGGGCAACAGCUUUUCCGCCCCGGCCACAGGCACCACCCGCAAAAAGUCCGGCAGCUUCUCCCGGCGCAUCAUCAAGCGCUUCUCUUUCCGCUCGUCCCACAAAUCGAAAGGCAAGACUGCGGCUUCCAACGGAGGAGCGAGCUCUGUGGAUAACUGAAUAAUAUAUCACAGGAGUCACAGCAGGGAUUAUUUAAAGGGUCUGUGAUUAGACUUUGACAAGAUGACAACCCCAGUGGGUUGCAACCUGCACUUCUUGAAGGGAAGAUAUUUCUGGGAGGAAAACUCUCUAAAAUGAAUCUAAUGAAUCAUGAGAUGGAUCUAAAAGGGGGAGAGGGAACUCUGUCUUCUUUGAGGAGAAAUCUGCUGCUCAUUAAGAGGAAAGGAAAAGCUAAAGUGGAUUUUUUUUUUUUUUUGCGCUAUUUAAACACAAACUACAGCGUUUGAAUGCGACGGGUGGUGGAAGUAAUCCGAAACUAUACGAUGGUGUAAAAACGCUGGUGUGAUAUUACUGGAUGCACUUUGGACUUAGGUUUUCUUUUUUUUUUUUUUAAACGGCACUUGUCAAAUUUUGAAGGUUGUAAAAAGAUAAUUUAUCAUUAUGUGUGUCUCACGAAAUGUGCUAUUUAUUUUAUCCUGCCAAAAACAAGUCAUUCUAUCUAGACGCAUUACUCUGUAAAACAGUGACAUGGGCGUGCUUUUCUAUGCAAAUUUCAUUUUAAAUACAUUAUUUAGGCAACUUAACAAAAAAAAAAAUCCCAUCUCAGUUGAACUGUAUAGU